AGCAAACUGAGAGCGUCAUUCAGUUACAUCCUGUAACAAUAGAAGAAGAAAACGGUACGUCUUUAAAACAGCCCCCCGCCCCCUACAGUACCUCAAAACAAAGCAGUGGAGGAGAAUGGACGUCCUCACUCACAUCCUCACUGACCCUCUUGACCUUAAAGAGGAAGAAAACGGUCAGAUCACUGAGGAGUGCAUGCUGGGUAACUGCAGGGUCAGCCUCCCGGAGGAACUACUGGAAGACCCGGAAAUAUUCUUCUCUGUGGUGAGUGGGAGCACAUGGACUGAAGUGCUUUCAGAGUCCCAGAAGCAGCACCUCAGUCAGUUUUUGCCCCAGUUUCCUGACAACAACGACACCGAGCAGGAAAGCACUAUCAAUGACCUGUUCAACAACAGAAACUUUCAUUUUGGAAAUCCCCUUCAUCUCGCACAGAAACUUUUUAGAGAUGGCUACUUCAACCCUGAAGUCGUCAAGUACAGACAGUUGUGUGGCAAGUCUCAGCAAAGACGACGGUUGUACUCUCUCCAGCAAUACUACCACCGACUGCUGAAACAAAUCCUCGUCUCCCGAAAGGAGUUGCUAGAUUUUGCAGUUCACAACGGUCUGGACUUUCCGCCGAAAAGGAAGCAUCAGACAAGGAGUCACGCUGAAAUACGUGAGCAAAAGGUUAAAAGAAGACUGAGACGCAUUUUAAAGGAGGUUAAAACGGAGUGCGGCGACAGCAAUGCUUCAUCUGACGAAGACGAUCUAUCCCUGUGGACACCGGCUCCACAAUCCCCCUCCUCUCCGACACCCAGUGUCUCACUCAGAGUUCUGCCCAGUCUGUCCACCCAAGACAUGAAGACUACUGUGUUAUUUUGUACAGAAAAAAUCCAGCUUGGAGAACAGGACUUGAAGGUCAUGCUCCAAAACCAUCGGGAUAAAAGAAAGCGACAACUGGACCAUCCUGACUUGAUGACCUCAGACAUCCAUCUCAGUGACAUCCUGUCCAGGGCCAAUAUUGGUCGCAAAGCAGCGUUGCCACUCUUUGAGCUGUCUCUACCCAAGAAAAAGAUCAAAGAGGAGAGAAGGAAGAAGAAAAUUAAGACAGUAAAAGUGGAAUUAGAGGACCCUUGUGACACUCUCGCUUCGGAAACCCCGUCAGUUCCCCUGGCAAACAUCAACUCCCUGACAGACACUCCAUCUACACCACUGGCCAACAUCAAGGAGGAGAUUCUGGAAGAGCCUCAAAGCAGCCCGGUAGUCGUUGAAGAACUUGCUAUCAGCUUCUUCAGCUUGUUGGAGACCAUCUUGAGGGCGGAGCAUCUCACCAGCACUUCAGUGUUGGAGGAGAAAGUUCAAAUGUGGCAGUUGUCGCCUGCCAGUGCGCUCAACGUUUGGUUUUCUUCUGCCUCCUGCUGGUCAGAAUUGGUCCUCCAUGCGCUGCAGUUUCUUGCAGGCGAGACCAAAGAAGGUGUAAUGGCUCUCCCAAGUGGUUUCUUGCCAUUUGUGGAAUUUGUUGAUGAAACACAGCAGUGGAAGUGGAUCGGCCCCACCCACGAUACAGAGAAGGACCUCAUUGCACUUUGUCAACUCUGGUUGGACUCCAAAGAUUUUGUUGUCAAGACAGAAAGUGAAGAACCCUUUGAGAUGACACCCCCAAUGCCACGAGUGUCUACUGAUUAUGUGGUGAGACCCAGCACAGGAGAUGAGAGACAGCUGUUCCAAAUUCAGGAGCAGCAGAGAUACAAUCAACCCCACAAAGCUUUCACGUUUCGGAUGCAUGGCUUCGAAUCAGUGGUGGGUCCUGUUAAGGGAGUGUUCGAUAAGGAGAUGUCGCUCAACAAAGCCCGGGAGCACACUCUGCUCCGCUCAAACCGCCCGCCUUAUGUCACCAUCCUCUCUCUAGUGCGGGACGCAGCAGCCCGGCUACCCAAUGGAGAAGGAACUCGUGCAGAGAUCUGUGAACUGCUCAAGGACUCGCAGUUUCUUGCCCCUGACGUCACAAGUGCACAGGUGAACACAGUUGUCAGCGGGGCGUUGGAUAGAUUACACUAUGAGAAAGAUCCCUGUGUCAAGUACGACAUCGGACGCAAACUGUGGAUCUAUCUUCAUCGCAGUCGCAGUCAAGAAGAGUUUGAGAGGAUCCACCAAGCUCAAGCUGCUGCUGCAAAAGCAAGAAAGGCUCUGCAGCAGAAGCCUAAACCUGCAUCUAAGCCCAAAUCUGCAAGCAAAGAUGGAGUUAGUAAAACAUCUGGAUGUUUGGAAGCAGGACAGGAUAUAGGUUCUGGACCCUUGUCCCCAACCCCUUCUACGCCUACUUCAAACACACUGGGGACCCCAAAGUCGCCUUUACCCUGUGCAGCCACCACACCAACAAAAGCUGCAGUCCCUGAUGCAAUCAAAACUAGUACAGGCGUCCUCCUCAUGUCGCAGCCAUCCUUGCCUCAGCUGGGUUCCAUCAUACCCACCAGUCAGGCUGCUCCGGCUGCACCACAGCCUGUCACUUCCCAACACGCGGCGAGACUAGUGAGUCACCUGGCAGCAGGCUCCCUCCCCCAGGUGAGGGUGGUCUCUGCUCAACCUGGACUGGGCUCUCCAGCAGGAAGUCAACAGGCUGCGUUGGUCCAUCAGAGCCCUCAUCAGAUCAGGAUGCCGGUGUCAUUGGCGGCAAAAGGCAUCUCACAGGCAAUGGUGUCGGUGCCUCUGAGGGGCCAGCCUGGUACUCCAGUACAGAUGCCGAACACCCUGUCUGUUUCCACGGUAACUGUGGCCAGACCUCAGGCUGAGUCACCUGGCAGCAACCCAACAACAACGCCUGCUGUGCUGCAAGGAAUAUCCAACCCAAACCUCAAACAGAUGUCCAUCACAGGCCAGCUAGGAGUGAAGACUCAAGGAGCAGCAGGAAUUCCACUCACCGCCACAAACCUCCGCAUCCAGGGUAAAGAUGUCUUGCGUCUUCCACCUUCCUCCAUCACCACAGACGCCAAAGGUCAAACUGUCCUCCGAAUCACCCCGGAUAUGAUGGCGACUCUCACCAAAUCUCCAGUCGCGACAGUCAAACUGACUCCUGAUUUCCUAAGCACCGCAGCAGCAGGUGGCAACAAGAGCAUAUCAGCCACUCUUCACGUGACACCCCCACACCCGUCCGCCUCCGCCGCAUCCUGCACGGGGGAGGCCCUCAGCAGUAAAGCCACACCCAUGGCUUCCACCCUGUUGAAAGCCGCAGGGGACACGGCCAUACGUCUCAUGCCCACGUUGGCCGUCACUAUGGCGGACCAGAAAUCUCGCACCUUCUCCACCGUCACCUCCCCGGACAAGAGCAGCACCACCAUCCGUAUCAUGCCGGGCCUUGGGGUGAUCCCACAGAAGCAGGGUCAGACAUUAACGCUGGCAUCCACCAGUGCCAGCAAGCCACCCACGGUGUCCACCUGUGCCAACGUCAUGACCAUGGCCGCCAACGUGGUGGCCUCUGGAGCCUCCUCUCCUCUCAAGCUGGGAACAGCCACUGCCACCAUGGUCAACACACAAACAGGGAAGUUACCUGCACGGAUCACAGUUCCUCUUUCUGUCCUCAACCAACCACUGAAAAGUAAAAGCGUGGUGACUACACCUAUUGUGAAGGGAAGUCUCAACACAAACAUCAGCAGCCUGGGGAGGAACAUCAUACUGACCACCAUGCCCGCAGGCACAAAGCUGAUCGCUGGGAACAAACCAGUCAGCUUUGUCACGGCACAGCAGUUCCAGCAGCUCCAGCAGCAAGGACAGGCCACGCAGGUUCGCAUCCAGACGGUUCAGGCCCAGCAGCUCCCGCAGCACAUGGCAACAGCUUCUCCUAAAUCUGUCUCAACAGUCGUCGUCACAACGGCCCCUACACUAAAAUGUCCGCCUGAUCUUCCACCUGCACCUCAAUGAUUUAGUCAACUGUUUUAUUUGUGUGGUUUUGCAACAUCUUAGUGUGUUAUAAUAUUUAUGUUUGCCAAUGUUAAUUAAUUUCCUUACUUUCUUCGACUGCAGAACAUUUCAUUUUUUGUAAUAAUAAAAGAGAAAUAUGUUAAAUUAUGAAAAACCUCAAUUAUUAAAGCUCACACCUUUACCCCAAGUAAUGUUUAUGUUU